CUGCCUCACUCUGCGGCUCCCGCCGCUCGGGAGCAGACACGCGGGGCCAAAAGACUAAUUUGAACUAUUUUAUUAACAAAAACAAAAACAUUACAUAUUUGUAAAUAACACUACUAACAACUGUAAACACGAAACAGCAACAACAGCAACAACACAUUUCUCCUAAGGACUCUCUUUAAAUCUUACCUUACACCUGUAAGACAACCGCCUGUAAAAAGAAAGAAGGGAAAGGAAGAAGGGAAGGAAGAAGUGAAAGAAACGCGCGCGGCCGGACAGAGAAAAAAAUUGAGAGAGAGAGAGUGAAAGAGAAAGCGGGAGAGAAUAGGCGAAGGAAAGAGCGGGACGUACGACGAGGUAACUCCGAUUUUUUUCAAAGUAGACGUGUAAUACAAGCGCGUAUACACAAGCAAUACAUAGUAAAGAAGAAACAAGCUACAAAAGAGUCGAACGAUAGAAAAAUCGUCUAUUUUCUGAAGUUAUUCCUCAGUCGGACUGGUGCGCGGCGCGGCGGAAGUGAAGAGGAGACGAGACGAGAGUAUAAACGCGAGAAAGAGAGAGAGAGAGAGAGAAAGAGAGGGGGAGAGGGAGAGAGGGAUCACCGAAAGGCGAGAUCGUAAAGAGAGCACGCGUCGACUGCUACGGGACGGGAUAAUCGCAUUUUAAGUUCUCUCUGUACUGUGUGACCCUUACAUUAUUUUGUCCCUCCGAUAGGGACAGGUUCAGUGUUGUAACUUAGGAUAUAAGAAGAUUAAAAAGAGCUCCGGAGCGCACCACAUAAAGAUAGAAAGAGAAAGCAAAGGAGGACCUGAGAUUUCGGAAGAAGAGAAGUCAGAAAGACAGAAAUAGUGUGUGGUUUGUGACCGGGAACGCGCCCCCAUCCAGGAACGUUUACGAGAGCGAGAAGAGAGGACCGGGAUCGCGAGCAGCGAACAACGAGAAACGGGAGGAAGGAACGUUCACGAAGAGGAAUGGCUCCGAGCGUCGUAUAGAGAUACAGUGGAGCUCCAAUUUUUUAUACUAGAAGAAAAAUCUAACAAAAAAGCGUGAAAGAGAGAGAGAGAGCGAAAGCGAGAGAGAAAGAGAGAGAAAGACUCGGGAGAAUUAGGGAGAGUGCGGAAGGGGAGCGGAGGAUCGAUUCUGUCCGUGUUUCCGCGUGCACUUCCACGUGUGUCUUUCGAUACGACGAAACUGCGAGAACUUCUCCAAUCCUGACCCAUUCGAGUGAUCUCCCAUUCAAGGGAAGAGAUCCAGGAGAGUCGGGGUAUAGCGAAACGGAAAGAGUGACACGUUCGUGACACCGUCGAUCGAUAUCCGGUCUCGAAUAACAUAAUCCGGCUCGCGUGCACGCUCCUUUGGGGGAUAUGUCCUGCCGUUCCAGAGGGAGUCGUCGUCAUCCGGGAGCGCAAAUUUCGCAACGCCGAGAACAACGUCAAUCCGAGUGUCGUUCCUGCGUCCUGGACCCCGCGGCCGGCAAGCUGUCCUGACAAAAAAAGGACCGCCCCCUCAGCUCGUCCCGAUCGAAAAAGCGCGAUCAUCGACGAACAGCAGUCAUAUCAGAUACGCGAUCGUCCCUAAAACACGCGGACCCGUCGCGAAGAAAGGUCCGCCCGGGGAUGCCCGCCAGGCCCCAGCUACGUUCCCGUCUCGCGUACGUUCAAGGACGAUGACGAUCGGCCAAGACGAUCGGUAAGAUCCAAGCAGCGCGAACACGCGCCAGCAUCGCGGAGAUGGCGGGCUACAAUCAUUCGAACCCACAGCGUGUCGUCUACCACGCGACCUACCCGACGCCCCUCGCCCCAAAUGGCGACCCGAUAAAGCUUCCCGAAAAUCUGGAAACCUUGCCGCGAGCUGAACACUUUCCAACUCAGAGGCAUCGAUGGAACACCAACGAGGAAAUCGCCGCCAUCCUGAUCAGUUUUCAGAGGCACGCCGAAUGGCAAAGUCGGGAGGUGAAAGUACGACCACGAAGUGGUUCAAUGUUACUGUACUCGAGGAAGAAAGUACGCUACCGGCGGGACGGUUAUUGCUGGAAGAAAAGAAAAGAUGGGAAGACUACACGGGAGGAUCACAUGAAACUGAAGGUUCAGGGAGUCGAGUGCAUCUACGGCUGUUACGUGCACUCGGCGAUCCUUCCGACGUUUCAUCGCCGGUGUUACUGGCUACUGCAGAAUCCAGACGUUGUUCUCGUUCAUUAUCUGAACGUCCCUUAUCCGGACGGUGAUGCGAAGCUGGCGGCCCUGCCACCCUGCCUCGCGCUGCCGCCAGACAAGAAGGAGUGGACGCGAGACGAGCUAGCGUCGCAAUUAAGGCCCAUGUUCCUCGGUGGAGAUGACGAUCCGAAUAAUCCUCAUCUCACUCAGCACUCGAACCAUCCCGUCGACAUGAUAGUCUCUCAGCUGCUCGAUAGGCAGAGGGCAUCCUCCACUUCCUCUACCAGCAGCACUCAACUCGCACCUAGGAGACUUACGCCCGACAAUCAGGUCACUUCGACAACGGGAGGUCAACAACAAUCGACGACGGCGGCUCCGGCUCCCCGCGUAUAUUCAAGACAUUCCCAUUCCACUCAGAGUCAACAGCCGGCUCCUCUAGUUUUAAGUUUGCAACAAAUUCAAGGCGGUGGUGGUCUCCUGAUACUUAACAGUCAACCAUAUCAUCAUCAGCAGCAACAGCAGCAGCAACAGCAGCAACAACAGCAGCAGCAGUCGCAACAGCCACAGCAGCCGCAGCAACAGCAGCAGCAGCAGCAGCAGAGUCAGCAGGUGGAAAUGCAACAGGUCACAGAGCAACAAAUUGUACCGCAGACCAGCGUCGAUCGAGAACAGCAAACGCAGCAAGAAAUCGACGCGCAAGAGAGUAUGGACAGGUCUGCUGUGCAAUCUCUGCCGAUGGGCGGUUCCGGCUCCGAGGUAACCGAUUUCGCAGAGACUCUGGAUCUGAGUCAGGAAGACAUUCAGAGGACACUGUCGGCCAACAUGGUGCCCCCGUCGCCGUCGCCUUCGCCGGCAGACAACAACAUGAUCAAUCCGAUGGACUUUAUCGACUCGUCGGAUGACGUGCUGGUCAAUCUGGACGCGUUCGACGUGUUCGGCGAUUUGCCGGAGCUGCAUGACUUCGAGGCCGAGCAGACGAAGCACGAGGAACAGCGAGGUGGUCCCGAGAACGACGUCGGAUGUCAUCCUGGUACAACCGUCCAUAUUGCAGAAUAUAGUCCUGAGUGGAGUUACACCGAGGGUGGUGUAAAGGUAUUAGUUGCUGGUCCAUGGACCGGCGGUAGUAGUUCCCAGUCGUAUUCGGUACUUUUCGACGCGGAACCGGUCGAGGCGUGUCUUGUGCAACCAGGUGUACUGCGUUGUCGAUGUCCCGCACACGCACCAGGAAUAGCGUCCCUUCAGGUGGCCUGUGACGGUUUCGUCGUGUCCGAUAGCGUUGCCUUCGAAUAUCGUAGAGCGCCGACGAGCGAACCUAGCCCAGAGAAAGCUCUGCUGGACCGUCUUGCUGACGUUGAAGCCCGUCUGCAGGGCCCCGGUCCGCCAUCUCCCGCAGCUCAUCUGGAAGAGCGACUGGUUGCUUAUUGCCAGGAUGCUGUUGUCCGUCCUUGGCGAACUGGAGCGGAACCUCUUCAAUCCGGUGGGCCUACCCUCUUGCACCUGGCGGCCGGAUUGGGGUACUCCAGGUUAGCCUGUGCACUCCUUCACUGGAGAGCAGAAAAUCCUAGCAGUGUUUUGGACGCCGAGGUUGAUGCUCUUCGGCAAGAUAGCGCCGGCCUUACGCCACUUGCUUGGGCUUGUGCCGCAGGGCACGCCGACACCGCCAGGAUUCUUUACAGAUGGAAUGCUAUGGCACUACGCGUGAGGGACUGUCAGAAUAGAACGGCGACCGAGCUGGCCGCGGAGAACGGUCACACGGCGAUUGCCGAAGAACUGAAUCAGCUCGAAACUCGAAGGCAAGACGAGAGGCUUUUCUUGCGGCCCGCCAGCCCUAGCCCUAGGCGGCCAUCUCAAGACAGCGGUCUCGAUCUGGCGUUGUGUGGCUCACCGCUGCUGGACAACAUGGAAUUGUUGCAAGAAGAUGAGUCGUCGUUAGGCCUCAGCGAACAGGGAAUGGAGAGCGCUCCGACCUCUCAGGAGUCCGUAGGGGAAGAAGACGCGAGGGUGCUGACAUUGGCAGAGCAAAUUAUAGCGGCGCUACCGGAAAGGAUCAAGAGGGCGGAGGGUGAUUCUUCGUCUUCUUCCUCGCCACUACCACCAACGGCACCUCUGUCACCCUUGGAGGACUCUCUCAUGGAACAAAUGCCUCUCGACUCCGGGGAACUGUUCGACUCCUAUCGCGACUGCAACGGCGGCGCCGCUUCAGUCUCGGACGCCGACGCCGACGCCAGUCCUUCAAGUCCCUCCAGCAGUUGCCUGACGCCGGACUCGCCGUCCCCGCCGCCUACCACCGUCGAUUUCUGCGAGUUUCUGCAGCUGCAGCUGCAGCUCGACGGCAACGGUAACGCUCACAGCGGUCAGUACUACUCGUCGAACGGCGGCGAACGCAAAUUGAACGGCAUGAUCGGUUCCGGGGCCAUGACGGCGGUUGGCAUCGGAAACGGCGACGGUAAUGAAGCGGAUUUGAGCAGACUGACGCUGUCCGAUCGCGAGCAGAGAGAGCUCUACCACGCCGCCAGGAUGAUUCAGAAGGCGUACAGGAAUUACAAGGGUCGUCAGAGGCAAGAGGAGGCCGAGAGGCACGCCGCCGUUCUGAUUCAACAGUACUAUCGUCGUCACAAACAGUACGCUUAUCACAGGCAAGCCACGAAGGCAGCGCUGGUGAUCCAGAACAACUAUCGAAAUUAUCGUGCGCGGCCGGGCUCGGCUAGCGCGAGGCAGCAGGCAAUUCAUCAGCAGGCGGCAGCGAGGACGAUCCAGCAGUUCAUGCGGCAAUCCAAAAUCAAACUGCAGAACGCCAAGGUCGUCGCAAACGGGAGCGGGAGGCUGCCAGCGGUCACUUCACGAGCGGCUGCUGUCCCCCAAAGCUCGCCCUCAUCUAGCCCAGGGGCCAGCCUAGCAGCCGUCAGCCCGGGGGUCACCUAGUCGACUGUCAGUCCAACGGCACGCGGAGCAGCGGCGAUGACAAUUCGGUAGCGAAAUAACACGGUCGGUGGUGAGAGCCGUUGGCGAACGACGCCCCGGAUCGGCCAUCGUGACGCUUUUGAGGGAGUAUGCGAGGUUGUUAACGACGACUAUAACUACUGCGAGAGGGUACCAGACGUACGACACGGAUGAUAUACGAUUUUGUUCUCUGCGUCUCUGAUUUGCGUACCUGACGAUUAACCAACGUGAAGUCUUACCUAUCUUUCAAUCUUUUGUCCCUUCACAUCACAAUUGAGUUAACACCACGUCUCAUUCUCGACCGCUCGUUCUUUUCGUUUGUAUCUUACGCUAUUACCGCACUUUCUACGCGCCCCUGCAUCCUCCUCGAGCGAGUAUCAGAGCGGCAGAAAAUAGGCGAACCUAUCGUAAGUGGGUUUGCUAAAAAUCUAUACGAGACCGAUCGACUGAAGAAAGCUUGUAGAGAGUUUUACCUUUCGCUUAAUAUGUAAGAUGUAUAUAACUAGCGUGUCUCUUCAGGAGUACGAGAUCCGCUUGGCCCGACAUAUACGUUGAUUCUUUGCUACAUUGCGACAACAUCGAAGUUGACGAGCCGUUCCCGCGAUACUUUAUUAAAUCCUUGUGUGCACCGAGCUGAAUCGCACAAAAUCGUUGUCGUUUUCGUAGGUUCAAAUAGUACGCGAAUUUACUGCUGGCAGAUCUCCUACGGAACCGCAGAUCUUUUUAAAACGAAACAUUUCUUCGACACGAGGCUUUUUAUAAAAAUAGACAUGUUUCUCCUUUGAUGACACUGGUUGACGAAUUCGAAGCCUUCUUUGAGACGAAAAUCGCAUAAACUGAUUAUAUUAUAUUUGCAAUUCUGAAAAUGAUAACAAAUUAAGUACAGCAUUCAUUUCUUAUUACAAUUUAUAUCACAUAAAAUUUAAUAAAUCUCGAUAACUUUUUAAACAUUAGAAAUGAAAUACUAUGGAAAUUAAUUAAAGAUUUUUUACCUAAAAAGAAAAUUCUGUUGACUCGUGUCAUCAGUUUCGUACCUCUCGGAUCGACGUUAUUUUAUCAUUUUUUUACAACAAAGAAAUAUUCAUGUAGAGAUUAUUAUUUAUUUUUUUCAACAUGAUUACAUGCACCGUAUAUCAUCUUACUUGCAUACAGAACAAUAUUUUCCAUUUUUUUUCCGAUACGUUCUCAUCGAUUUUUGUUUCUAAAUUUAUAAUUCUAAUUAAAACACUGAAAACAAUUCUAAUCGAUUUAGGCGAAACACUAUCUAAGAAGGGGAUAGCGCCUAUGAAGAAAAAAGAAAAGAAGAGAGCAGGCUCGAUCGAAGAAGACUUAUCUUAAGUUUACGCGAGAAUCUUUGUGUUUGAACUUCUAGUAUUUUUAUUCACACGUUGGAUUUCAGAUCUAGCUGACGCUAACAGAUGAUUAACGAAUGAAUGAGCGAUCAGAACAUGAAGGAGCGACGUGAAAUUAAUUUUACAAGUAGUAAUGAGUUACAUUUUAACGACGAAUAGAUAAGUCUUGAAAACAUGAAGGACGAAGGUAAAAUUUUGAAUACGAAUACGGGCGCAGUUAGAAUGUUGAUAUUUUACAAGAUUAGAUUUUUUAUUUUGAUCGAUUUUAUUAUCUGUACAUUUUUUCUACAUUUUUACGAGAGGCGUAGUUAAAUUUAAUCGAUACGCGAAGCUGGGCACCGCAUUCCUAUCAUUAGCGCAAAUCUGAUAGCUAAGCAUCGAGAAUCCACUGUACAUAAUUAGAUGAGAAAUUAUUGUUCAUCAUGUGGCAGAAAUGUGGUCUCUUUUGUGUACGAUAUUCGUUUUGCUUAAGAGACGCAAAGUGAACAAAAAGGUCUAUACUUUGAUUUUAGAAAAUUUUAGAGAAAGCGAGAGAAAAGAGAGAGAAACAGAGCGAGGAGGGAGCGAAUAGAGGAAGGAAUUAUUAAAGGAGAAUUAAAAGAAAAAAAAGAGAGAAAAGAGGAAAAAAAUAAACGGGCCCUUCGUCCAAAGGGCGCAAUUUCAUCCACGGGCUGUGCUAGUCACAGUAUAAUCAACUUCGUAGAGUUACUUUUUAGGACGUAAGCUAGUCGAUUACACAUUGUUACAAAAAAACUACCUACCGUUUCUCUCUCCGAUAGGGGAUUUUUUAAAAGGUUCUCUAGCGUAAAGAUAUAAUUAGCGGUUAAAAUUAAGGGCGUAGUUGAUUGCGGGCGCGCGCGCGUUCGCGCGCGAUUGCACGGCGCGCGAAGGGCGUGAUUGUCCCGGCGUUCAAAGUUUUGAUCGGGUGGACAAAACGUCUAUUGUGAUAAAUUAAUGGUGAUCCAAGAAAGUAUUUCCGCGCGCAACGGGACAAAGGGGCAGACGGAGAUGAAAAUCCACGCGUCUCCGACGUACGUCUCCGUGUACGCACGCGGGAGCUCUCGCUGAGAUGUGAAGAAGAAGAAACGGAGAGACACAGACAGACAGACGGACGGGUAGAGAUCCGAGAGAUAACUGGGCGAGCCGAUAUUACGCCGUGCGGGAUCUGUCGGGGGAGUAAUGUGUCGAUACCGCGCGUCGUAAAUGUAAAGGGUGCUGCAUGCGGAUUUUCGAAUUAUCGAAUUUCUUCGAGACAGUAAAUCAACCCAUAUCGACCCUCUCCCCUCGGGAUGUGUUUCGCAGACUCACAGCGGGUUGUGAGUUGUGAGAUCUAAAAUAGAGCGACGUAAUUGCGGAGCGCGAGGUGGGGUAUUACCACAAUAUAUAUUGUACACAUGAGUCAAUUCCAACGAGCAUUUUCAUGCCAUUAAGCUUAAAGAAUUAUUAGUUAUUAAAAGGAGAUGAAGCGUGCGCGGGAAGCGAAAAGAGGGCGAGAAGGAAGGAAGGAGGAAAGGAAGGAAGGAAGGAAGGAAGAGAUAACAAAUUCUUACACUCUUUUAAUCAUUGUUAAUUAAUUAAAAUAAUCACGAUCCUAUCGAAAUACUUAAAAAAUGAGUAAAAUAAUAAUAAUUAUUAUAUACAUAAAAAAAACUAUUAUUAUAUAUAUUCAUAUUUUUGCUUAUUACAUAUUUAAGAAUCUAAUAAACGAGAGCUAGCGAUUAUAAACGUAGCGGGCACGAGAGGCGUGAACGAUAACGACGACGAUGAUGAUGAUGAUGAGGUCUCAAGUUAGGGAUAAUUCUAGUUAGUCGGGCUUGUCGUUAUGCGUGGCAAUCAGGUUCCGAAUUUAACAAGUAAUGAAGAAAGACGAUAGGGCACGUGCGCGGUCUCGGCGGAAGGUCGAAGUCCUCGGUGCAAUCGCACACGCGGGGUGCACUGUCGCUUUUCACCGGGGUCUCCGCAAGGCAAGUCGAAUACAAUAUUUUUUACCCGCGGAACGGCGGACAGGGAAUAAUGGCCGACACCGCGCGAGAUCUCCAAAGUUUCGCCGUUGCUCCACAUUCAUUGCAUAAUUAACCAAGUACACCGAGGGCAAGCUGGGCGAAAAGGUAUUUAGGCCGAAGGCUGAGAGACGGACAGAGAAUGGGGGACGUGAGAAGGGAGGAGGCCGCUGAGAAAAAGAAUAAUCUUAAUUAAAAAGACAUUGCUAGGGUAGGCGCUUCGAUGAAUACAUAAACUUUAAAAAGUCAUUUAUAAUACAAAUUAUUCUCAAAAUAUAAAGAAGUUUAAUAAGUAAAGGAGGAAAAAAAAUUUUUAAAUUCUAUGUAAGGAAGCCAAGAGUCAAAGACGACUAGAUGAUAGGAGCCGCAUGGCCUAACUGCUGCCACUUUAAUUAAUUAAAUAAAUAAUUAUAACUUUAUUACUCAAUUAAUCUCGAUACAACAGAUGCGAAAUAAUGGAAAAAAAAAAGAAAGAAAACCUAUAACACACUCUAUCUCAUGCCACUUUUCAAACUACUCUCUAGAUACAGAGACGAAUCAGUAGGUAUAUUAAUAGCGGACUAUUAUGCAAGAUUAAAACUAACAGGAAUUAAUUCUUCUCCUAAAAAAAAAA